CAUACAGAGAAUGCCAAUGGGACACAACAAGAGGACAUCGCAUUAAGGCCGUACAUUGGUGUGUCGGUAAUGGUAACACAGAUACCUUCAAAAGCUAUGCAGGCCUGACAAACCUAUCGUCAACUAAUACCUUUGUAGAUUUAACUUUUGCAAAGAUAUAAAUACCAUUGAGACUGUGGGCAUAGCUGGUUUUGUGUUGGACCAGCGAAUCAACAGGCGUAUCUCUCAGUGGACGUCAUAUCAUCACAGCCAGUCCUACCGCCUAUCUUGUCUGACAUUGUAUUUGCUAACCGGGGUUCAUGAGUUUUAAAUUUCAUUGAACUUUGCCAUUGACAUGGGUCAACUAACGCGCGCUUUCAUAGUCUUAAGGAGUAGAUGGUGCACGCGCCUGAAUUUACAAAAAUGUCUGUGACGAGACGAUUCUGAUAGUGUGUGAGCAGACGACAAUCAGACAGGAGCUCCCGGGAGAGCAACAGCUCGUCACAAAUAUCUAUACCAGCUGAUUGUUUUUGGUGAUAUUGAAUAUUAAUUUCUUGUGAUAAAUAUUACCAAGACCAUCAUGGGGUAUUCAGUGUUAUUAGCAGUAUGUAUGUACGGGAUGUUGUUCGGUGUGUCUCGAGGAGUCUUCAGGGAUGGAGACAUACGACUCCUGGGGGGUCGGAAGGCGUCCGAGGGGACAGUUCUCAUCUACCAUAGAUAUCGAUGGGGAGCUAUUUGUGACUACAGCUGGGAUCUUAGGGACGCUAAUGUCGCAUGUCGCCAGUUAGGAUUUGUCAGUGCAAUCGCAGCCACCGCCAGAAGUCGAUUUGGACAAGGAAGACGUUUUAAGUGGAUGUCGUAUAUGCACUGUCGGGGAAACGAGAUCCACCUUACGCAGUGUAGGUAUCCUGGGUAUGGACGGGGUACAAGGCACAGGUUCUGCGCGGGCCGAUACACGUCUGCUGGAGUAAAAUGUCGAGACCAUAUUACCACGACUACCUCUACCACUACAAAGGUAACAACUCCAAAACCAACCACUACUAGGCUUACAACCACAACCACCACUCCGAAGCCAUCCCGAAGCGCCGUCGAUACUGGUCCUGCUGCACUCAUGGACGGCCGGGAUACUGGCUACGUCAUUCUCCCUGAUAUCAAUCCUGGUUCUUCAAUUUCCGAUAGGGAUCAGAAUCAUCAUAUUGUGCAUGGGAUUGAUAACGAGAUUUCCCACGAUAGGAUUAUCAUAUCCGCUACUCACGCUCCAACUGCUAGACCAACUACCACCACACCAACUACUACCACUACACCGCAACUAACAACUACAACACCAAAGCCAACCACAACACCAAAACCAACAACCACAACUACCACAACAUCAAAACCAACAACUACAACUACUACCACUACACCGCAACCAACAACCACAACAACCACAACACCAAAACCAACAACUACAACUACCACAACACCAAAACCAACGACUACAACUACCACAACACCAAAACCAACAACUACAACAACCACAACACCAAAACCAACAACUACAACAACCACAACACCAAAACCAACGACUACAACUACCACAACACCAAAACCAACAACUACAACUACCACAACACCAAAACCGACUACACCAGAACCAAUUACAGUCAAACCUAGCCCGCCUCCGACAACACCUAAACCAGUGACAGCAACGCCAAGGCCUAUUGCACCUACCCCAGCGGCUGACAACAACGAGAUUCAAGUGCAAGCUGUCAGCAAUUCUAUUGAAAACACGAAUGCUAAUUCCAUCGAUACUGUGAUCAGCAAUGUUCUUGAUAAUUCCAUCGUGCCUGUAAUCCAUGACGCAACACCAAAACCUCCUACACCUAAGCCAACAACAGCAACAACAACGACCCCAAGGCCGACAACAACCACGACGCCUAAACCAACAACAACACCUAAGCCGACUUCAGCAUUACCUAGACCGACAACACGACGAGCUGCUAUUGACAAUUUAGCAUCUAGGGAAGAGGCAACGAGACCGAAUCUUACGGUCAAUAGAUGGACCAUGGACAGGGUCCUAAAGCGAUGGGUGUUGAAGCUUAGUAACGGCAAAAUCUUGGUAGCUAAACCAGGAACAAGAGCAGAACGGAAAACUUUAGCUCAAUAUAUUGCAAUGCGCAAAGCAGUAUUUGGCGAGGCGAUACCAGCUCCUUCCACCACAACAACCACGACAACAACUACAACGACAUCAACACCAUCAAGGGAAGAUGAAAUGAAGGCAGAUACCGCAGUUACACAAGCUCCUAGCUUCAAUGGUAUCAACAGCGUGGAAUCAAAUUCAAAUACGGGGUAUGGAGGUGCGACACGCCAACGAGUUAGCGAAUCACAAAGACAAGACUCAAGAAACAAUUUGACGGACGACAACCGGAUAUACCCUAAUGGUAUGGAACGGUAUAGGAACGGAAGUAGUGGCCAUAGACACAGGCAUCACCACGGCAGGCACAGAACUCCUGCAAACAAAAUCCUGGUGCGUUUAGCUGGAGGACGACGAGGAACAGAUGGAAGACUGGAGGUGUUACCCAAUGGACAGACAGAGUACGGGGUCAUUUGUGGUGACCAAUGGACAUUUAAGGAAGCUAUUGUUACGUGUAAACAUCUCGGGAUAGGAUUCGCACAACAAAACACAACAACUUCUGUGUUCGGAGGAAGAAAUUUGAAUAAAUAUUUCUACUCUGUGAGAUGCACAGGAAAGGAGGAGAACUUGAAUGAAUGCCAGUGGAUGGAACAUGAGGGAGGAGGCAUGAGGUGUAGGAGGGCCGACUCUGUAGCAGGGAUCGUGUGCGCAAAAGAAUUACCUGAUCUUGAGCCGAGUACAUAUAUGUUGGAGACUACUGCAUUCCUGCAGGAUAGAGCACUUUUUUAUUUGACAUGCGCAAUGGAGGAACAGUGUUUAUCUUCCUCCGCUUACGCUUUACAAAGAAAUAAUCCGUAUGGAUGGCGAAGAAGUUCGAGACGACUCUUGAGAUUUUCCAGUGUUGUAAGCAAUCGCGGAACGGCUGACUUCAAUCCGACCAAGAGACGCCAUGAAUGGGAAUGGCACGCAUGUCAUCAGCACUACCAUAGUAUGGAGGUAUUCGCCCACUACGAUAUCACGGACCAUAACGGUAACCUUAUGGCCGAGGGUCUGAAGGCCAGCUUUUGUCUCGAAGACUCCGAAUGUGGUCGUGGGGUUCGACCAAAGUACAGGUGUCAAAACUACGGCCAGCAGGGUAUUUCUGUCGGUUGUUCUGAUAACUACAUGGCGGAUAUAGACUGCCAGUGGAUAGAUAUAACGGAUCUGAAGACUGGGGAAUAUGUAUUUAAGAUCGAGGUAAAUCCUUCUUUACUGAUAGCAGAACUCAAUUACGAUAACAAUGUAAUCACAUGCAAGUUAGACUAUGCCGGAUACCAUGCCAGAAUACACCAAUGUAAACUAGGGAGUUUACUAGACUGAUCCUGACACAAGGGACAAAACAAAAUAUUCAACUCCAUUAGAAGUUUUGAGAGGUCCAAUAACUACGCAUCGUUACUGAUAUCUUCAGGAAUCAUUCUUACUUGAUGCCAUAAUGUUGCAUCUGUUUCAUAAAAUGAGUCGUGAUUGGGAUUGGCAGACUUUGUGAGAAUUAGUAUAAUAGAUGUUGAAUAUUAUUUGACUAACUAGAGAAGUGUUUAUGUUGAUUAUAACACUCAGGUGUAGAAACACAUUUGUCCGUGAUAAGCCGGCCGACAUACAUGUGUGAUGUUAACAGUGACCGACACUACUAACAAUAAUCGGAGGGUCCAUAAUAGUGAAAAACAUAAGGUACACAGCUUAUAAUACCAAAUGUCUUUCAUAUUUUGUGUAUGUCAGCUGUAUUGUAUGGAACUUAUUUCCAACAUAGAACCCAACAGCAUUACUUACAUCAGAUAUAGAGCUGAUAUUUAGUGUGAAUCAUCCACGUGGAGUACACACCAAUGGCAUCCGUGUGGAGGCUGUGGCGGGUAAAAACACCCACACCUAGCCACGAGACGUCAGCACGAGAGGUUACCAUUGAAAUCCAUUAGUUAGUAUGAUGAGUUGUCAUGUGUAUUGCUUUUGUGUGAGUGUGUUUUAUUGAUAUUUCUGUGAUAAAAGAUGACGUGAAUGUGAAACAGUAUGUACAGUAUGUAAAGUUGUGGUUCUAAUGCAAAUUAAGAUAUAUUUUUGCAAAUAUUGCAAUAUUUACUCGUUGAAUAUUUUAAGCAAACAUGCUGUGAUCUAUAUAUCAACAAUAUAUUUUCACAAUUCAUAUGAAACUAGUAUUGUAUUUUGUGUGCAGUAUUACCAACCAUGACACUAGGUUAUAUGACCUGUCCAUAUCAUUACGUAACCCAUUGACUGUGUAUGGCGCGAGGAAUAGCAUACUCACCAACUAAAGCAAAUAUCAUAUCAAGAUAUAAAGAUCUAACUAAUUUUCUCAUAUAUGUUUCCUCAAUAGUUUCAGAUCGUCAUGUAUUGUAUUUCUAUUAAUCAACAUGACAAGUUUUAUUUGGGGUGUUUUGUAAGUUCAGUUUAAUUCAAUUCAAAAUUCAUUAUUUAUGACCAAAACUGGGAACUAACUGAAAUUGUAUAUGUUGUAUAUAGUCUAUUAGACACCAUCUCCUCGAAGCUGCGUUUGUUUUAUAUGUGUUGGACGAAGUUACAUUGUCACCGAAAUGUAAGGAGCUAGUGACCCUUCGAGUAUAUAGAUAUAGCAUUGCAAGAUAUUUUUUUUAUAAAUACUUUAUGAUCAUAUAUAAGAUGACAUUGUUAUAUCUGCGUCCUAGAAUGGGAUAAUAAAACCUGGCAUAUGUCGUCAGAAUGUUUCUUUCCUGGUAAUUUAUAACACAGUGACAUCAUGCAAAGCUUUUUCUGAAUAUAUUUUUGGUCAAGUACUAGAUUUUUGAAGAAAUCAAGCCUUUUUCAAGACUUAAUGAUAUUUUGGUAAACCGCAAAUACAAGUAUUUAAGCCAAACCUUUACAGAGAUAUAGGGCAAUGAGUGCAGCAGGAAGCCUUAAAACAACUUACCACUUAAUUUCCCUUUUUCGACCAUUUCACACCUAUAAUUAGACGUGCAUAAGUUAACAGCCGUCAUCACUCCUUAAAUGUAAGGAUAUUAAUUCUGAACGCAAGAGAACAUGUGGACAAUAGCACUCUAGUACCACUGUCAUACCCCGGUGUUGAUGUAUAUAUGUAUGUAAACAAUGUGUGACGUAAUCAUUGUAACAAUGAAGUAAAGAAUUUUUAGUGUUACCUAUGUUAUUAUUGUCUCUCACAAUCAAAACAUUAUCAUGUCAUGAAAGUGUCACGUUCAUGAGUAGCAGUAUUGCCAUGAACUAUUGUAGAACAAAGAAUAAGUAAACUGACAUUUAAAUGUCGAGCGGGUUCCUUAACAACCACUGUGUAUGUAUAUAUUGAUUACGCACGUGUUUUUCAUGCUUUAUUUGGAUUUAUUUAUUACUGAUGUGUAUAACUUGUCUAAUAAAUGAAACUGUAAGCUAAAA